AUGUCCACACCUGACGAUCCUUCCGAGUUGACUGGUUCACUCGCAUUUUCAGAUUUUUCACACGAACUUGACCUGCUGACAUUAUUUCCUGACGCCGUGCCGGAAAAUAUAAAUGUCACAUGCAAUCAUCUUUGUUUCACAGACAGCGAUGCUCAAUUACCUUCUUUUGACGAGGAUUCCGUGGAUUAUGCCGCUCCUCACAUGUCGGGGCCCAGUGUCAAUGGACAGCUCGAUGAGACCUGUCUAGCCUGGACAGGACAAUCUAAUCACAAUGCUGAUUUAUCCACAAGGGUCGAAACCUAUGGUGGUGAGAAUGAACAGUCCGGGACAUCUCGUGGCCCAUUUUCGCAUUAUUCUGCGUUAGACCGGGCCAACGCACCAUGUGGAAUGUGGCCUCCCAACGACGUGCCAUUUUCCGCAACAGGGAAAAAUGGCUACAGUCCGUCGGAGAACCAACAGCUACCCUUCAAUGAAAUCCGACCAAACCAGGGAAACAAGUUCAACCGGGCUCUCCCAAGACGUAGAAGCAGAUAUAACUUUGAAAGGAUUGGUGACAAGAUUACCCCUGUCUUCAUUCCGACAAAUGCAAGCCCCGCCGAUCCUCUGACGCGGUGGCAGCAGUCCCCUCCUGAAGAUGAGCCCGCUUCUUUAUCUGCGAUCAAGGACGCAGUUCAGAGCUCAUAUACCAACAAUUUAGAGAACGGAGAUGGGACAUGCCUUGACCCUGAAUCUGCAAUCUCUGCCCACCGCAUUACCAACCUUUUCGAAACACAUCGUCGGACCCGUUCUCGUCCAGCUUCGACAACGAGCGCUGGAAGCUCUGCCAGUGCUUCGUCUCAACAAUCAGUUAAGUCGGGCCUAUCAUAUGGAAGCCACAGCUCAACACAAAAGGAAACGAGCGGCCGAGUCUCAAGUCGAGUGCGCAAAUCGCAAGGCAAUGGAAGAACAAAAAGAAAGCCGGCCGCAACAAAGCCGCGUAUAUUCUGCUGCACGUUCUGCUGUGAUCAGUUCAAGACUAAGUAUGACUGGGCACGACACGAAAAAUCGCUUCACCUGAAUUUGGAAAAUUGGGUCUGCGCACCAUUCGGAGGAUCCGUCAUAUUGCCAUCAACAGGCCGGAUGCAUUGCGUUUAUUGCAGCAAACUGGAUCCUUCCAGUGAACACCUUGAUGAACACAAGCAUGGGACUUGCAUGAAAAGUCAAUCACGCACUUUUAAACGAAAAGAUCACCUCGUCCAGCACCUUCGUCGCUUCCACAAUGUCGACACUAUUCCGUUAAUCGACGACUGGAAGAUCGGUCUCACUGAUUUCACAUCCCGGUGUGGCUUUUGUGAUGCCCAGAUUACUAGCUGGGACGAGCGAACUGAUCACCUAGCUCUCCAUUUCCGCAAUGGCUUGACGAUGGCUGACUGGAAAGGGGACCAUGGCUUUCCUCCGUGGAUCGCAGAGCAAGUAACCCAUAGCGUGCCUCCAUACUUGAUUCAACUCGAAUCGCACACGCUGGUGCCUUUCUCUGCUACAAACACGCAAGUCCAAGAUCAUCUUUCCCAGAUGCUUUCGCGGGCAACAUUCAACAAUGAGACAGGUGGCCAUGAGAAUGAUGGUCAACGCCAUGAAGAACGACCGGAAAUGACGUCCGUAAUAGGCGAAUUUGAGACAGAUAAUUUGUCCUUGGAUUCAUACACACAGGUCCUCACGCGGCAUCUGAGCCAUUUUGCCCAACAGCAGAUGGCCCUUGGGGUUGUUCCAUCCGAUGAAAUGUUUCAAUCGGAGGCUCGUCGUCUUCUCUAUGAUUCCGAUGAUCCUUGGAACCAGACUAUCGCAGAUCAUCCGCAAUGGUUAGCUACAUUCCGGGCUAGUGAGACGGCCGAUUGA